AUGGCUGGUCUCACCACCUCCUCUCAAGUUGCCACGGCCGUAGCGCGCGUCGCUGCAUCAGCAUCCACGUCAUCUUCGCAACCCGCGAGCUCCCUUUCGCAAUCGUUGUCUUCGAGAAUCUCAGCGGCCUCGCCUCUGCGACUCGCUGCGUCGUCGCGGAGAGCCUCGACCCAGAGAAGGCACGCGAUCGCCACUGACCGGCUUGCACAAGGAGAUAACAAAGAGGGUAAGGUCAAGACUCAACAGGACAAGGACGAGGAGGAGGAGAGCACCCGUGAUGACGUCCCUGUUCCAAGUGCCUUCGAGAUCCAGUCGCUGCUGAUGGAACUCUGUGACGAGACCAAGAUCGCCGAGCUCAGAAUCAAGAUCGGCAAGAUGGAGCUACACGUGCGGAGGGACGUGGGCGGGGUCAAGGCCGCGCAGGCGCAAGCCUAUGCGCCGCACGCCCCCCUUCCCCCCAUGUUCGACUCGCUUUCGCCCGCAUCUCUGACUGCUGCCGCGGCUACUCCUGCGCCUGUUGCUGCGCCUCCUGCUGCGGAUGAGAGCGAGGCUGGCGUGGACGAAGGGCUUCAAUACGUGACCUCGCCGCGGGUGGGCAUCAUGCGUCGUGGUCGGCAGGUCAAGGGAAAGAAGGGCAAGCCUCUAGUCAACGAGGGCUCGGAGAUAAAGAAGGGGCAGGUGGUGUGCUAUCUAGAGCAGCUUGGCACACAACUCGCUAUCGAGUCGGAGAAUGCUGGAGAGGUGGUCAAAUUCCUGGUGGAGGAUGGGGAUGCGGUCGGUUAUGGCGAUCAACUCAUUGCAAUCCGGCCGUCGUUUCCUGGAAUCAAGAAGCUUGCACUGUAG